AUGUUCGUUUCAUUUUUCAGUCAUGCGCAAGUAAUGAAUUUUGUUCGACUUUUUGGCAUUCAGAUCGCUGAACUACUCUCAUACCAGUACACAACAGCUGAAAGUGCUGUUAUGUACAUUUGUGCUGCACCAAAGGCAUUCGAAUGUGUUCUUCUGCCAAAACAGCGGAUGACCAAUGUGGACUGGUUUCGAUAUGAACGGGACAUCGUCUCUGAUAUCGUACAUAUUCCAAUGAGUAUACCUAAGCAGAAACUCGUGCAAGAAGGUCUAUGGCUCCUUUCUUCGGAUGGUAGAUGUAAUUCGUCUCUUCUUCCUGACUUGAAGUAA